CUGCGCGGGGUUUUAUAAGAGUGGCAGAGCAGAGCGGCCAUGUAUCGAAAAAGCCAGGGAAUUGUACAACGGUGGAGAUGGCACCAAAAUCCGCCAAGAAGCCUUCAAAACCCUUGAGAAAGUCAUCUCCUUCCACACCAGAAUCUUCACAGUCACCUCUCAACGACGAAGAUCUCUCUUGCUCUCUCCUCCAAAGAGCUACCCUCAAAUACCCUUCCGUCAUCUCCACUUCCGCUUUUAUCGGUCGAAUCUCCGAAGUCGAAUCCAAGCGCAGUGGCCAUGCUGCCGUCAUCUGGCUCUCUCAGACUGCGAUGGCCACAUCCUCUCUCUUCCCCCACUCCCUCGUCUCGGUUUCACUUCCUGACUCGAGCAAGCAAUUAUAUAAUGAUUCUUCCCCUCUUGACUCAUUAGCUGAUGAGUGUUCCAAUCAUUUCGGUAUUGAUGUCGGCAAUAACAUGGUUUCAAAUGUUGGAAGUUUCUUUGCACUUGCCGAAGUUUUGCCUUCUUCGAAGGUUUUGAAGAAUGGUGCAAGGCUGUCUUGGAGUUUGUCUUGCACCAUGGGUGGUCCUGCUAUGGGUAGGAUCAUAUUCAUUUCCCUUGUCAAAAAUCAAUCCAUAGCCUGUCCCCUAAAUGGGAUUAAUGAGGUGCAUGACUCAACUAAUGAGGAAGUUUCUGGUCUCUCAUUGUACAAAUGCAAGGACCUUCACCUAAAACUGGUCCCAUCAUACCAUGGGCAAACAGUGAGUAGUGACAUGUCAUCCUCCUUUGACAUUCCAGCUGAAACAGUCUGUGAUGUUUCAUCCCCAAAGACACCUUCCCCAUAUCAGUCAAAGGUUACUUCUCCAAGUGUUAGCCAGCCACAUUUGAGUAGUUUUCGAGAGUCAGCGUUGAGUGUAGAUCGGUUGGAUGGGACAUCCUUCAAUAUAUCUGCUAUUAGGAUGGAACUGGAGGAUGAAAAAGCAAGACGUCUUUGGGAGAUUGGUUCUGCCUGUUGGCUUUGUUCUCGAAGUUUACUCCAUGGAAAUCUUGUGGCACUCCCAGUAGGUACCCACACUGGCUUUUUCUGUGUGGAAGAUGCUAUUAAACUAUCAGUGGAGAGCUCUUUCCAGAAUUCUGUACAGGAAGGGAAACUGAGUUUGUUGCCUCAUGAAAUUCGAACUCCCAAUUCGGUGGGCCAUGUGGUUGCUGCCUUUUUGGUCGACUCUAGCACAAAAGUGCAUCUGUUGUCACCCAUGCCUUUGGUAACAGGAACUCAAGAUAAAGGAAGCUCAUUGCUGGUGGAGGAUGAGGAGGCAUUUAGUAUUUCAAAGUUGGGUGGCCUGUCGAAAGAAUUUGCAGAAUUGAAGGAAAUCAUUGUUGACAAGAUCCAACGCCAUGCAAAGUACACAGGGGUACUUCUUCAUGGUCCACCUGGUACAGGUAAAACAUCUCUGGCUUGUUCUUGUGUUCAUGAUGCCGGUGUCAAACUUUUCUCUAUAAAUGGGCCUGAGAUUAUUACUGAAGACUACGGAAAAAGUGAGCAAGAGUUGCAUCAAAUUUUUGAUAAAGCUAGACGGGCCGCCCCUGCUGUGGUGUUCAUUGAUGAAUUGGAUGCAAUUGCCCCAGCACGAAAAGAUGGAGGUGAACACCUGUCUCAAAGAAUGGUCGUAACAUUGUUGAAGUUGAUGGAUGAGAUUAGAAUCAGCAGUGUACUGGUAAUUGCUGCCACCAACCGACCUGAUAGCAUCGAUUCAGCAUUGAGACGGCAUGGAAGGUUCGACCGAGAAAUUGAAAUAGGAGUGCCAUCUCGAGAGCAGCGGUUGGAUAUACUGGUUAACCUUCUCAGUGAAAUGGACCAUUCCCUUGUUGACGCUCAAGUUCGAUCUCUUGCUUCAACUACCCAUGGAUUUGUUGGCGCAGAUUUAGCUGCACUUUGCAACAAGGCAGCACUAACUGCUCUUCGGCGUUAUAUUAAGAUGAAAAAUCCAAACAAGUUUCCAGCGACACACAAUCAACAGUACAUGGAACGAUGUCUCAGAUUUGAUAGUUUUGAAGAUGUUAUGGGGAGAUCUGACAUGGUUAAAGUUGAUGGUGUGUCGUCCAUGGAUCAUGUCGAUUCCACAACGUUGUUGCUUUCAAAUCUGACCAUAUCAUCAGGGCCCCCUCAUUCUUCUGGUUGUUGUGACAUGGCGCCGGAAAGUAUUAAUUCUCUUCAAGAUGCAGUUUAUAUUGAUAAUGGUAAAGAAUAUUGUGUAAUGGAACAAGAACCUUUGCUUAAAGUGACAUUUGAUGAUUUUGAAAAGGCCAAGAUGGAAGUGAGGCCCAGUGCAAUGCGAGAGGUUAUGAUUGAGGUUCCAAAUGUUAGCUGGGAAGACGUUGGUGGCCAAGAUGAGGUUAAGAGACAACUGAUAGAAGCUGUAGAAUGGCCACAAAAACAUCAGGAUGCUUUCGAGCGUGUUGGGAUUCGGCCACCAACAGGGGUGUUGAUGUUUGGUCCUCCAGGUUGCAGUAAGACCCUAAUGGCCCGUGCAGUCGCCUCCAAUGCAAAACUGAAUUUUAUUGCAGUGAAGGGACCGGAGCUUUUCAGCAAAUGGGUUGGGGAAUCUGAAAAGGCUGUGAGAUCUUUGUUUGCCAAGGCGAGGGCUGCUGCUCCAUCGAUCAUAUUUUUCGAUGAAAUAGAUGGUCUUGCUGUCACCCGUGGCCAAGAAAAUGAUGGGGUUUCUGUUGCUGAUAGGGUCAUGACUCAGCUUCUUGUAGAAUUGGAUGGUUUGAAACAAAGAGUAGAUGUUACUGUUAUUGCAGCUACAAAUCGUCCCGACAAGAUCGAUUCUGCCCUUUUAAGACCAGGACGCUUUGAUCGGCUGUUGUAUGUUGGACCCCCAAAUGAAGCUGACCGAGAAGAUAUAUUCCAUAUUCAUCUGCGCAAAAUGCCUUGCAGUUCGAAUGUCUGCAUCAGAGAGCUGGCUCAUCUUACUGAAGGCUGUACUGGGGCGGACAUUUCGUCAAUCUGCAGGGAGGCAGCUCUUGCAGCACUAGAAGAGAGCCUUGACAUUGCGGAGAUAUCAAUGGCACAUUUCAAGGCUGCCAUUGGGAGAGUGCCGCCAUCCGAAUUUCAAUCUUAUGAGGAGCUAUCGGCGAAGUUUCAAAGGCUCGUAUCCAGCUGCAGCACGAGAUGACUUGUAUCAUAUCUGUUCGAGCCUUUUGCCUCCCAUUUUCUAAUUCUGAAAGGCAUGCAAUUUUCUGUUAAGAGGAAAUUCAUGACAUCUAUCAUACCAUUUCUUUGAAGCUCACAGCAUUGUACAUUCUUACUCCACUGAAAGCUUCUCACCUUUGCUGGCCCAAUUCCAGGGAAAUGGCACUAUGCGGUCAGGCGAUGUAAACAAAGGCGAAACUGGUGGAACCGUCAUUAACCAUUUGCUACUUAUCGGGCAAGUUAUCAAUUCUCUGGAAAGACUCCCACCGACAUGAUGGAAGCGGAUUGUCCGAUGGUGUAUCAACGUUAUUGGACUUCUCUCUGACAGAUGCACUGGAUGUCAUACCUGUCUGCCAUGCUGGCAGAUGUGGUGAGCGUCUGUGCAUGUGUGUAGGCUUUGCAAAGCUCUUCUCCUUGUCUGCAGGAAUAUAUCUUAACAAGGGUGGAAACAAGAGAAUGCUGGCCCACCUUUACAUGAUAGGGACUCUGCUGUCCAUUGAAAUGGUGACUCCUUGGGGAGAUACUUCUUGUAUGUCAAUGCUCUAAAGACUAUUCCUGGGAUUCAAAUGGAGUAGUGUUUAUCCAAGAACAGGAAAAGAAAAGGAUGAUAUUCUGUGAGAACUAAUGUAAUUGCCUUCUCAUUGGUGGUUGGGAUGGAUCCAUUGAACAGUCCUUGCUACUAAGACCUUCGUAUGUCCAUUUUGAUAUUUUGCAUUUAUCUAUCUAGGGUUUUGCUUUAA